AUGAUCCUUCAUUUGCUUCUGCUGAUCGCCGGGCCGAUCGUGUGUUUGUCGGGGGAGAAUGCGGAUGGAGUCUCCAGUGGAGACGGUCCGGUGACCGGAGCUGUUGGCUCUGGCCAUACGGGAAAUCGCGCCGUGGUGGAGGUAGUUUUUCAGGAUAGCGACGUGAAUGGUGAAUAUACCACUCGUACGUAUCAACUUAGUGGGACAUUCUCGCCCGCUGGGGCUAGGGUCACUGCCGAUGGAGAGAUCAAACAGAUGCAUCCGCUGGGCCUUUGUAACUCCCAUGAUGAUGAGGAACCAUUUGAACCAGGCUGGGUGGGUGUGGUGCAACUGGUUGAUGAUCCUAAACCAUGUCUAUCAAUCUUUCAAAAGGCGAAGCGUGCAGUGCAGCUAGGUGCGACUGCGGUCAUCUUUGACGUGACGCAUAAUGCAGAUGCUGUAGAGGAGUUACGACGUGACAACUCUGCAUCCCUAAACCGUCCCAUUGUCAUCCUCCGUGGCGCUGACGCCCUUCAACUGAUGAAUGUGGUUAAUAGGCAGAAGGAAGCCCAAGCUCACAUCAAGACAAGCCCGCCUGUCCAUACACCUCAGAAGACAUCCAAUGAGUUCUUUGACAUGGGUAUCUUCGUUGCAUUCUUUGUUCUCAUUGCCAUCAUCUGUCUCCUCCUUCUACUCAAACUCAGAUGGAGACAAAAAAGGAAACAGACAUCACAGGUCCGCAUGGCAAUGGACGCCCUGUCUAAGAUGGAAGUCCGCAAGUACAAGCGUUUCUCCGAGCAUCACCAGCUGCGUAAGUCAUCCCACGAUGAGCGUUUCGCAGACAGCCACCACCAGCUGCGCAAAUCCUCUCAGGAUGAUCGGUGGGCCACGACGCUAAGCAUAGCGUCUGAGGGAAUUAUCUGUGCAAUCUGUCUGGAAGAAUUCAGAGAAGGAGAUGAAGUGAGAGUGGUACCCUGUUCACAUGAGUUCCAUCGCCAUUGUGUGGACCCAUGGCUCCUGUCUAAUAGAACCUGCCCGUUGUGCAUGUAUAAUAUUAUUGGUAUCGGACCUGAACCUACACCACGCCCAUCUCAGCCUCGGACAUCGUUAACAGUGCCCCCAACCAAUCCCCCAGCCCAGCCAUUAAGAGUCAGCCUUCCAGGGUCACCCGCAUCGCCGGAAUUCCUCCCAGAAAGUUGGUCGUUCCCGCCAACAACUUACAGUAUUCCCUACACGGGGAUGAGAACGCAUUCUUUUGGAAUACAAGGCUGCCGAAGGGGACACCACUGUAAACGACAUUCAAAUCAUUAUCAUCGAAACUCGGUGGACCAUCCUCGGGUUGGUACUUUACAUCUAGAAUGUCCGGAGCCACGAGAGACGAGACAUGCGACUUGUAACUCAAGAAAAGAAGCCAGUGGACAUAGUGUUAUUAUGAUUCAGCAAGGAUGUGAAAAAUGUAGGAAUAUUUGUUCGCACUGUCAGCGACAGAUGACUGGGAAUACAUCUCGGUCGCGUAGCCGGAGGGAAGAAAGCAGGCACCUAGGUCUGACGUCCUUUGAGAAUCAUUAUAUUGUGAACUUAUCACCAGUCCAAAGCAGGGAGGCUGGGGACUAUCAUGACCUCUGCAACAUGAGAUACCCAGGGAAAAUACUCGCACAUGACCCAAGACAUUACUGUGGCCAGAUCGUGCCUGUCCGCGUGCAUGUAGAGAAUUUGCCGCCACUUUCAUCACCGACUUGCAAUUCAAAAGAACUCAGGGAGAAUUCAUCGGGGAGCAGUUUGAGCCUUUCUGCUUUCCACGCUGACUGUGAAUGCAGCGAUAGCACGGUGAGCAGCCAUGGUAACUUUGACAGCAAUCAGAGUGUCUACGGUAGUUCCUCUACUUUCCGCAGCGAUCCAAGCACAUCUGACCCGAGCGCUUAUGCAAAACCCGGCCACGUUGAGCAGUGUUUUGAUUUGCCAGAAGCAACCCAGCUCACGCCGACCUGUGUCCACCGUAUGAAACAAGAAAUCGGGCCUGUGAGCACGUCAGACAAUGACGAGGCAAAAAACAGCAGUGACACCACCACCAGCACAGCAAGUAACUUCUCUAUGCAGGUUAACGUCAGCCAGAAAUCUACUUUACCUCCAAAUACUAGUGCAACCAGACAAUCAAGUACUCGCCAGCAUUCAAAGUCUUCAAAUAGAACUUCCAACACUGCCAAAUGUUCGCAUCCACAUCCCCAUCAAAAGGUGCACCAACCAAAUAGAACUAAAGAAUCCAAGAAAGCUAUUGCCACCAAGACCAAGCCAACAUGGCCGCCUUCACAGCCCGCUAAAAAGAAAUCACCAUGUCCAUGUUGCUCAGGGAAAAUCGUAUGGGAGAGUUGUGUCCCAGAAAACCAUCAGAAGAAAUCAGAAAGGUCAUCAAGGUCACCGGAGAGGUCAAGAUCACCAGAAAGGUCACGGUCACCAGAGAGGGGUUCAAGACAUAGUAGGAAACAGGGUCGAGGGUCAUUACGAGAGAUGUACAGAGGUCAUUUAAGGUUACCACUUCAAUCACUUGCAGCUCUCAAGAAUGGACAAGGAGCAGUUGUGACAAUCCCAGUUCAUCACGGCAACCAGCAAGUCCUUGAAGAAAUUGUAUAGCACAAGUACCGAAUAUAUUUAAAAGUGACUGACCAUCAUUGUUUUGUGAAAGAGUAAAUUAAUUCCUCACCUGUACUGUACACUGAACUCACACCACACACAAAACCAGGGGAAAUGUUGAUAAAUUUGUUUGUCACAUUUUUAAUGCACUGGACACUAUUGCUCAAAAUAAUUGUUAGCAUAGAAACUUACUUGGUAAAGAAAAAAUGGA